AUGGAUAUAGCUGUAGAAUCGCAUGUAAAGAAAUGUCGAGGAUGUCUACUAGUGUCAUCUCCGGAUCCACCCGAACCAAUGAUCAGGAAGGAUUUACCGAAUGGGCCCUGGGAGGACAUAGCUAUUGAUUUCCUUGGGCCCCUACCGAACGGAGAAUCACUGCUUGUGGUAGUCGACUAUUACAGUCGAUACGUCGAAAUUUGUGAAAUGGAUUCUACAACUGCGAAAGAUACUACGGCCCAAUUAGGAAAAAUCUUCUGUCGUUUCGGGGUACCUAUCACUAUGCGCGCUGACAACGGCCCAGAAUUCAGUGCGGCAUGCGAGGAGCUAAAAAAUGUAUGUGAUGAGUUGAGAGUAAAGCUGAUCAACACAAUACCAUAUUGGCCACAACAAAAUGGCGAGGUUGAACGACAGAACCGCUCUAUACUGAAACGAAUAAGAAUUGCACAAGAAUUGGGUCAAGAUUGGAGACAAAUAUUGAAUAAAUAUAUUCUUUCAUAUCAUGCCACGCCUCAUCCGACUACGGGCCGGUCUCCAGAGGAGCUUAUGUUCGGCAGAAAACUUCGUUCCAAACUACCACAGGUUCCACAAAUCGUUCGAUUGGACGAGGAGGUUAGAGAUCGUGAUAAGUUACAGAAAGAAAAAGGAAGGAUUUAUGCUGACAUGAAACGUAAAGCUCGUCCAAAUGAUAUCGAGGUUGGCGAUCGAGUUCUAGUAAAACGUACGCGCAAAGAGAAUAAAUUGAGUUCAGAUUUUGCACCAGAGGAAUUUACAGUGAUCCGAAGAAGGGGAGCAGAUGUGUCAGUGCGUUCUACAAAAGACAGCAGUGAAUAUCGACGGAAUAUGAAACAUCUCAAAAAGAUACAGACUACAUGUGAACAGCAAACAACACAGACAGUGCACAGAAAUGAAGAACCGUUAGUUUUAGAACCGGCAGAUAAUCCAGAUGAAUUAGUAACACAAGAAGAGCAGUCAGUGUACACAAAACGAAUGAGAAAAGAACCAUCAAAAUUUCAGGACUAUAUCCCACAUUGA